GCCAAGGCGCCUAUAUAAAACAGGCGCGCGAACCGCUGGGAAGCCACUUGAAGGGGAGCCCAGGCGGCAGCGAAGCGGAGGAAGGGCGUCCACACCCCGGGCGUGGAGGGAGCUCGGUCGGUCCCACGCUCGACUUCCGCGGAAGCUGGACGUUUUUUUGUUUCUUCAUUGAAACUCGUCAUCUUUUUUUAAAUUAUUUUUCCCCAGAGGAUCGGCGGGCAACGUUGACGGCAGGCAUUAUGUUACACAAGUAUUGGCUGUUGUGGUUCGUGAGCUUAUCUAUGUGGAUUUCAUCAGAGGCUCAAGAUGAUGACAGAGGAGAAGAGACCGCUUUUGAUUUACUGCAAAUCAGCAACAUAAACAGGAAGACCAUUGGAGCAAAACUGUUUCGGGGUAACAUCUCUGGUAUCCCAGCAUACCGCUUCAUCCGGUUUGAUCACAUACCUCCGAUUAACUCUGAGAAAUUACAGCAGAUCAUUAAACUGAUCCAACAAAAUGAGGGUUUCAUUCUUACAGCCACCUGGAGGCAGGACAGGGACUCCAGGGGCACCAUCAUUGCAUUGGAAGGUCCUGGUGCCUCUCAGCGGCAAUUCGAGAUCAUUUCCAAUGGCCGAGAAAAUACACUUGAGCUUUCCUAUUGGGUAGAUGGCUCCCAGAAGGGAUAUCCUUUGGAGGACGUGGACCUAGCUGACCUACAAUGGAAGAACAUCACAAUACAAGUAACAGGAGAAAACUACAGUCUCUAUGUUGGCUGUGACCUCAUAGACAGCUUAACCCUGGAGGAUCCAUUUUAUGAAAACCUGAAAGCGGAGAAAAGUAGAAUGUAUGUGAUAAAAGGAUCUACAAGAGAGAACCAUUUCCGGGGUCUUAUUCAAAAUAUUCAACUGGUUCUUGGAACAUCAAUAGAGGAUGUCUUACACAACAAAGGAUGCCAGAGGAGUCAAUCAGCUGAAGUGAAUACUAUCAAUGAGAGCACAGAGAUCCUUCACCUAAACCCAUCAGUUAUGACAGAGUAUGUUGGGGAUAAUGUUGAGAAAAAAGCAGAAUUUUGUGAUCGUUCUUGUGAAGAGCUGGGAUCUAUGUUUACUGAACUCACUGGACUACGCAUUGUUGUCAAUGGUUUAACUGAACAGUUAGAAAAAGUGACUGAGGUGAAUGAGAAAAUUGUGUCAGAACUGCUUGGCCCCAACAAAACACUCAAGAACCAGUCGGCGUGCUGGCAGGAUGGUCGUGAAUUUGCAAAUAAUUCGCGUUGGGUUGUGGAUAGCUGCACAAAAUGUCACUGCCAGAACUCCAAAACAGUGUGCAAUAAAAUUACAUGCCCACCUGUGCAUUGUGUCAGCCCGUCUUUUAUUGAUGGCGAGUGCUGUCCUGUCUGCUCUCACUCUGAUGAUAGUGAAGAAGGCUGGUCUCCCUGGUCAGAGUGGACAGAAUGCUCUGUCACAUGCGGAUCUGGCACCCAGCAGCGUGGACGCUCAUGUGAUGUCACCAGUAACACUUGCCGAGGCCCUUCCAUUCAAACCAGAACCUGCUCCCUUGGCAAAUGUGACAACCGCAUACGUCAGGAUGGUGGUUGGAGCCACUGGUCUCCUUGGUCUUCCUGUUCAGUGACCUGUGGAGUGGGCAACAUAACUCGUAUACGUCUCUGCAACUCCCCCAUACCACAGAUGGGUGGGAAAGGCUGCAAAGGAAGCGGGCGUGAAACCAAAGAAUGUGAAGGACCUCCUUGUCCAAUCAAUGGUCGAUGGAGCCCUUGGUCUCCAUGGUCUGCUUGCACAGUUACAUGUGGUGGAGGAAUACGUGAAAGAUCUCGUCUCUGUAACAGUCCAGAGCCUCAAUAUGGUGGAAAGCCGUGUGCAGGAGAUGUUUUACAGCGGGAUAUGUGCAACAAGCAGGACUGUCCAAUUGAUGGAUGUUUGUCAAAUCCUUGCUUUCCGGGAGCAGAUUGCAACAGCUACCCUGAUGGGUCUUGGUCUUGUGGUGCAUGCCCUGCUGGUUAUCUUGGAAAUGGAACAUUCUGUGAGGACCUUGAUGAGUGUACGGUUGUGCCAGAUGUUUGCUUUAGGUUGAAUCAGAACCACCGUUGUGUAAACACAAAUCCAGGGUUCCAUUGUUUGCCUUGCCCUCCACGCUACAAAGGAACUCAGCCUUAUGGGGUGGGAUUAGAAGCUGCCCAGACAGAAAAACAAGUAUGUGAACCUGCCAACCCUUGCAAAGACAAAACACAUAACUGCCACAGGUCAGCAGAGUGCAUCUACUUGGGGCAUUUCAGUGAUCCCAUGUACAAGUGUGAGUGUAGGACUGGCUAUGCUGGUGAUGGGUUCAUUUGUGGUGAAGAUUCUGAUCUGGAUGGAUGGCCCAAUAAUAACCUGGUCUGUGCUUCCAAUGCUACUUAUCAUUGCAUAAAGGACAACUGUCCUCUUCUGCCUAAUUCUGGACAAGAAGACUUUGAUAAGGAUGGAAAAGGUGAUGCCUGUGAUGAAGAUGAUGACAAUGAUGGUGUGGAAGAUGAUAAAGACAACUGUCCCCUUCUUUUUAAUCCCCGUCAAUUUGAUUAUGACAAGGAUGAGGUUGGUGAUCGAUGUGAUAAUUGUCCUUACGUGCAUAAUCCUGCUCAGAUUGACACUGAUAAUAAUGGAGAAGGUGACGCGUGUGCGGUCGAUAUUGACGGAGAUGAUGUUUUCAAUGCACGAGAUAACUGUCCAUAUGUCUACAACACUGAACAGACAGACACAGAUGGGGAUGGAGUUGGCGAUCACUGUGAUAACUGCCCAUUAGUACACAAUCCUGACCAGCAUGAUGUGGAUAAUGACCUGGUUGGUGACCAGUGUGACAACAACGAGGACAUAGAUGAUGAUGGUCACCAGAAUAACAAAGAUAAUUGUCCAUACGUUUCCAACGCCAAUCAGGCUGACCAUGACAAGGAUGGUAAAGGGGAUGCUUGUGAUCCUGAUGAUGACAAUGAUGGUAUUCCAGAUGACAGGGACAAUUGUCGCCUCACGUUCAAUCCUGACCAGAAGGAUUCUGAUGGUGAUGGUCGUGGUGACAUCUGCAAAGAUGAUUUUGAUAAUGACAAAGUUCCAGAUAUUUAUGAUGUGUGUCCUGAAAAUGAUGCCAUUAGUGAAACUGAUUUUAGAAAGUUCCAGAUGGUCCCCCUGGAUCCUAAAGGAACAGCUCAGAUUGACCCAAAUUGGGUUAUUCGCCAUCAGGGUAAAGAACUGGUACAAACAGCUAACUCUGAUCCUGGCAUUGCUGUGGGUUAUGAUGAAUUCAGUUCUGUUGACUUCAGUGGCACAUUCUAUGUGAAUACAGAGCGGGAUGAUGAUUAUGCUGGAUUUGUCUUUGGUUACCAAUCCAGCAGUCGCUUCUAUGUCCUGAUGUGGAAACAAGUUACUCAGACAUAUUGGGAAGAUAAACCCACCAGAGCUUAUGGUUACUCAGGAGUAUCACUUAAAGUGGUGAACUCUACCACUGGCACAGGCGAACAUUUGAGAAAUGCUCUUUGGCAUACUGGAAACACACCUGGACAGGUACGCACCUUAUGGCAUGAUCCCAAGAACAUUGGGUGGAAAGAUUACACUGCCUACAGGUGGCAUUUGAUCCACAGGCCUAAGACAGGAUUAAUAAAGGUUUUAGUCUAUGAAGGGAAGCAGGUCAUGGCUGAUUCUGGACCAAUCUAUGAUAAGACCUAUGCUGGUGGGCGAUUAGGUCUUUUUGUCUUUUCACAAGAGAUGGUAUACUUCUCUGACCUCAAAUAUGAAUGCAGAGAUGUCUGAGCUAAAGCUGCUUCAUAAUCGACAAAGUACUGUAGAUGCCAUUCAACCUAGACACCUCUAUACAUCCUGGUACUCCAUAUCCCUCACUUUCUCUUCAGCUUUCCCUCUGGCAUGUUCCCCCGGCCUUAUGCACUUCCCUGUUGCCAGCAGGGAUCCCUCCAACCCUGCACCCAAGUGCCUUCUAAGAGUUUGGACCCAAAGGGCCUAAAUGGGACCAUCAGACCCACCAAUGAAGCAACAGCAGAUUGAUGUUUAGAGUGAAAAUUUGGCAAACACGUUUGUUCAUUUGUUUAGACUUUUAAAAAAUGACGUUUACAUAUAAUUUGUAAAAGUGUAAUUACAUAAUGUAUUUAUGUAGAUAGAUAUAGACAUGGUGGAGUGAGAGAUGAGGGAGACCUACAUGAAAGAAAGGGAGGAGGGUGGGCCUAGAAGUGGUUAAAAGGAAAGCAACUUCUUAGGCCCACUCUAUCUGCUGAGAUCAGGGCUGGGCCUUGGUUACACAAACUUUGGGUAAGAUCCAUGUCAACAAAAUUCAAGAGGACCAAAUGCUAAGUAUCCUCUUAAUUAAAAAGCCAUGGAAGAUGAAGUCACUGGUCAGAUCGGAAGCUCAUUCAAAGGGCCUCAACACACUCAUUAUUAUCUGGAACCACUUUUAGGUAAACAACUUGCUUUAAGUUUAAAAUAGUUAUAGAAUCAUGUAAUGACACACAUUACAAGAUUCUGUAAUGUAUAGAAUCUUGUAAAAUAGUUAUAGAGUCUUAUAGUGACAAAUAAUAGCACUUUGAGAAUUACAGCUUGAAUCACAAUUCUUACAUCCUAUGUGACAAUCCCAGAAUAGAUCUUCAGAUGUUAUAUCAGUUCUGAGGAAUUAAAUUUGGAUUUAUCCUCAUGAAAGCAUACAUGUGAGAAAAUGCAGGUUACUUCAGAACUGUUCGCUCACUGUGUAUAGAGAGCAGUGAAUCUAUUUUUAUGUGGGCUAUUUUGAGGCUAUCUCAUCAGCAGGAGUUAACAGGAAUCCAGUAUCUUACCAAGAUGUAACUCUAGGGCAGGGGACCCAUGUCAGUUAACUCACUCCUUGAUAUAUUUUUUUGAGUUAUAUCUAUCCAUAGGAAUUGUUCUAAUAAAAGCACCUAGUAAGAGUGCUGUAGCUCAGUAGUAGGGCACAUGCUUUGCAUGCAGAAGAAGUUCUUGGUUCAUUUUCCUCCAGAUGAGGCUGGAAAAGACUCUUUAGAAAGCCACUGCUGGUCAGUACACACACACGCACGCACGCACGCACGCACACACACACACACACACACAGA